UGUCCCUGCAAUGACUCCUCUCAGGAAUCUCACUUGAGCUAUUGUUAGGGUCCGGAGCUCGGUAAAGCACCCCAAAGAAUGCAGACAGCAAGGAGUGUGCACUGGAGUCCACUCACAAAGAAGCCUGAACUGAGUUCACAGUGUCUUUUCUAGGUACUCGGGGGAUUUCAGGGUGGGUUAGGUCAUCUUUGGUAGGAUUGGAGCAUUUAAAAUGCGGUCAACUUUUGAGCCCGUCAGCAAUCAUUAGUUUCUAACCUGACAGUUAAGCAACCUUAUUUUUCCUGCCAGACAGCCCAGCAGAGGGUCCAGCAGAGGGUCCAGCAGGGGGUCAGGUGGCCUCUGAUUGGCUGCCCAUUUUCUGUGGUCUUUCCAGUAAAUGCUGAUCUAGUCUGAGAAAUGGGAACAUAGGCCUGCUCCUUUUUUUUUUUUUUCUAACAAAAAACUGAUGCUUGUCUUGUCAUAAGCCCAGACCCUGUGUCAGGCUGUAGUGGGGUCUCAAAUGGGACUUCAAUUUUAAUUGGGGGUCUCACACUAUGUCUUUCCCUAGACGAGUCACAUGGCCUUACCUAGCUGCAAGGGAAGCCAGUAAACGUACUCUUCAUUCCAGAUGGCCUAUGCUCAAGAUAAUGUCAAACUACAAAAAUGGACAUCAGAGGAGUCUACUAACAUGUCUAGAAGAAAUUUUGUUGUUUUAUUUUUCAAGACAGGUUUCUCUAUGUACUCCUGGCUCUCCCGGAACUCACUCUGUAGACCAGGCUGGCUUCAGACUCACACUGAUCCACCUGCCUCUGCCUCCCAAGUGUUAAGAUUAAAGGCGUGUGCUACCAUUGCCCAGCAAAGAAUUUUUUAAUUUAUUUAUUUUACACCAGACCAAAGUUUCCCCUCCCUCCCCUCCUCCCAGUCCUUCCCUCUUCCCUCCCCUCCCCACCAUCCUCUGUCCUCCCUUUCUCCUCAGAAAAGGCUCAGGAAAAGGGAGGACUCUCACGGGUAUCAACCCACCUUGGGAGGUCACGUUGUAGUAUGACUAGGUGCAUCUUCUCCCACUGUGGCCAGACGAAGCAGCCCAUUAUGGGAAAGGAGCCCCACAGAGUCAGAGAGAGUAACAGACACUGUUAGGCCCACAUGACACAAAGCUGCACCAUUGUUACAUACGUGCCGAGGCCCAGGUCUGUCCCAAGCGGGCUCUCUGUUAGGGUGUUCAGUCUCUGUGGCCCCUGUGGGCCUGGUAAGUUGAUGCUGUAGGUUUUCUUGUGCUGUCCUUGACCUCUCCAGCCCCCUCCUCCAUCUUCCCCGAGCUCCGCCUAAUGUCUGCAUCAGUUUCCAUCAGCUGGUGAGUGAAACCUCUCAGCUACAGCUAUGCCAGGCUCCUGUCUGGGCGAACAGCAGAAUGCUGUUAACAGUGUCGGGGGGGGGGGGGCUCUCUCAUGGCACACCUCUCAAGCUGGGCCCGUCACCGCUUGGUCAUCUCAACUUCUGCAAGAAAAGUUUUUUGUUUUUUAAUAUCGAGGUUAUUUCUUUGGUCUCUCUUUUCUUCCUUUUCACAAAUUGUGAGGAACAGAAAGAAGUGGAGAAAUAUUGGGCUAUGUAAGUAUCUAUUACAUAGUUAUUAAAAUGACUCAGAGCACCAGAGUUGGAAGGCUAGUGGGUACAGAGGAGGAAAAGAUGGACACCUCGAAACACCAUUUAUACAAUUGUUCAGCAUCUUGUUUAGAGCCAAAAGCGUGGUCACAAUUAGCUUUCUAGACCAGGAGUUAAGGCCUCCUUGCACUGAAGGCUGAGGAGCACCAUGCAGGUGGACGAGAUGGAAAAGAGCGAAGUCAACUUUCCAGUUGAUUCGGGACGUCUCGGUGGUUAACUCUGCCCGGCCCUUAUCUAAACCUGCCAGCUAUGGGUGGCUAAGUGCUUCCUGGGAAGACGAGACAGCCUUGAACCACGCUUUCAGUUUCCAGGGGCGCGCAGGCCACAGGGGUGGGCUGUCACGCCAUCCUUAGAGAAUCCUACCUGAUGGGAGUUGUGCUUUCCGCUGCUACCCUGGGAGUUGUAACCGGUGGUUGGGCAGGUGUAGCCUUGUGGCCAUGGGAGAGGGAACCAGACUGGGAACUCCACAGCGCCCAGCCUCUGCCUCUGUGGUGACACAGGAAUAUCCAGCCCGUCCUUUGUUGCUCUGGCUGCUAAACCAUUUUUCUAAAAUUACUGCAUUUGACCUCAAUGGUCAAAUCCUAGAACGCUGUCCAAGUUAGACUGCUCUGUCUCCUUAAGCUGACUAUGAACGGUGCUCAGCCUCCUUAGUCCUUUGACCCGCACCGCGCCCAAAUUUUUGAUUUUUUUUUUCUUCCUCUGUCUCUCGGGGAAAUACAGAAUCACUGAGAUGAGGCGCUGUCCCUCCCAGCUGGUGCCCUCCCACAGCUGGCCUUGUGGUAGGAAACUAAUUCCUUCUCCUGCUCCUUCAGUUUUAACCUCCUAAGGGAGAAAACUCCUGCAGCCGCGACCGGCCAGGCAGAGCACAGGCGCCAGCGGCUCACCUAGAAGCAGAAAUGGUUCUUGCACGCCUGCUAUGGUUUUUCAUGAUGUCAUCCAUUCAUCAUUGUGAGCUGACUGGCUGCCCCCCAGGCCUUGGCCAGCUGCCCAUGACCAGAAGGGAAGAGACAGAUCCCAGGACAACUGUGCGGAGGGCCCCUGAGCAUGCGCAGACAUGAUGACAUCAGAUCCACCUAGAAAGUCUUGGAGGAAAUCGAAGAAGACAGUAAAAGUUAAAAGAUCUUAUCCAACCUUCCCUUCCUUGAUCGCCUGGGAAAAAUUCAGGGGCCUCUUGCCUGUGGAUGGGGAGCCGAACCCUGGAGUGGGCCUGGGCGUGGAAGAAGGACUGCUCUGCCAGAUGGUUCAUUCUCCAGAGUUCAACCUGUUUCCUAACUCCGUGGUGUUUGAAAGCAACUUUAUCCAGGUCAGAAGGAGUAGAAACUGGAAAGAAAUCUACAAGGCCUCCAACACAAUGGCCCUUGGGGUGACCUCCUCCGUACCUUGCCUUCCCCUUCCGAACAUCCUCCUUAUGGCCAGAGUCAAAUGGCAUAAGGGGCAGAGCCAGACGUGGAACAAACCACCCACGGCCCCGAGUAUCAUCCUGAAGAGCAUUCUCCCUUUGAAGUUUGUGGAACUCCAGAUCUGUGACCACCACGAACGCAUCCUGCGGCUGAGGACGGUCACCGAGAAAAUCUACCACCUCAAGCUCCACCCCGACCAUCCCGAGACUGUCUUCCACUUCUGGAUCCGCCUGGUUCAGAUUCUGCAGAAGGGUCUGUCCAUCACCACCAAGGACCCUAGCAUCCUUGUCACUCACUGCCUGGUACCCAAGAGCCUUUGCAGCUCAUGCGGAAAGUCUGAGUCAUCGCAGCAGAAGCUCCAAGACGCCCAGCCCAGUGAGAGCCUGAUGCAGCUGAUGGCCCAGGGGGAGAGUGAGGCCCUGUCGCAGAUCUUUGCCGACUUGCAUCAGCAGAGACAGUACAGUUCCAGGAGUUUCGAAAUGGUGAAGAUCAAGAAGAAGACCUCAGGGAGAGCGACUCCCUGUGAGAGCAGCGUCCCCUGCACCCGAGAUCUCAGCUGGAGGCACACGCUGACCAGCGGAGAGUGGGAGAGAGAGAACCCCUCUGGGCCGCAGCCACUCUCGCUCCUCGGCACCCUGGCUGCCUGCAGCAGGCCACACUGUCCCUAUCUGGAGGUUCCCAUCUAUGGUAGCUCGUUCACCAAGCACUGCGGAGCACCUUCCAAGCACUGUCUCAUAGAGUCCUAAAGAAGGGAAAUAUAUGAUGCCUCCUUUCCUGUUGGGGAUAGUUUAUGCAGCUGCACCAGCACUUCUCUUCAGCAGUCAGUUUCGGGGGGCUCUAUCUGGACAGAGGGGAGGAGGAAGCUGCCACAAGGAGCAAGCCAGAGUUAACACAGCACUGACUGGAGCCUCCUCACCCGUCUGCCUCUCUCUCCACCUGCGCCUGCGGAACAGCAGCCUGACUGGGAUGCGCUCUCCGAAAGCCUGGGUCCUGGAGAAGAGCGACUCAGAGAAGCAAGCCCAGAUGAGCAGUGACACAAGCAAAGCAAACCGGAGGGGCACAGGCUGGUGGGAGGGAGUCAGAGAAAGAGGCAGAAAGAAAAGUAUCACAAGGAAACAGGAGCGACCUGGGAGAGAAGCUGAAGAGAGUGAGAGGAGAAGCAGGUCUCUGAGAUACCCCACCGAGCGUCUAUUUAUCCGAUUUAAACAGUAAAGCCGUAAGCCAAGGAGAGCAUGUGGUUUCCUCUCUGCUCAGACUGUCCUGGGGCAGCCUCUUCCUCCUUCCUCUGCCUCCUGCCCAGCUCAGGCUUGCUCAGCCUCACCCUGGGCUGGAAGCUGAGGAACACGCCUCUGUUUGGGUUUUGAGAUAGGGUCUCUCAUAUCCCAGCACAUGGAUGCUGGGAUGACAGAGGAACUGGGGACCAAACGCAGGGCCUCACGCACGCUGGGCAAGCACUCCACCAACUGGGUGAUGUCAGCAGCCCCUCUUAGGAACAAUUCUCAGGAGACCGGAAGACUGUUCAGAAUCCCAGGGCCCUUGCUUGUACUCUUCGCCUGGGCCUUUCUAUGCCAUUAGUGGAGUCCUUCCUUCAGGCCCAUGUCUGCACCAGUUACAGAGCCUUCCUCGGGGAAGAAGGAAAUGAGUCACCAGAUGAUUCAUCAACUGGAAGGAAAAGAGGACAUCCGCCAAAGACUUCAUUCUGAAGGGAGGAGAGAAAAUGUAUCCAGGCACCUCUAACCUCGACAAGACUAGACACAAUGAAUUUUUGGUUCACAUUUCUCAGAUGAAACAUAUGUACUUCAUCUAAAGUACAUCUGUGUGGGCUUCAGAAACGCUGGGUAAUACUCAUGAUCAAGUCCACCGACAGCCCUGUAUCUCAAGCAACAUUGCUCUCUUUGUUUCUUAAAUCCUUUUAUAAUUAGGUAUUUUCAGAAAUUAUGAUAUUGAGUAUUUCACUUGGCAUAUAACUAAGUAAUAAAGUAGUGUUGAUCUUGGUUUUAGUGAAUCCACAGUCAUUCGUCUUUUUCGAUUAUUUGGUUUUGGUGAUGAUUGUUUACCUGGAACCACCACCUUACUCAGAUCUAGUUUUCAUGUUUAAAAGAUUCAAGUGUGUGGCUGGAGAGCUGGCUCCAUGGAUAAGGGCACUUGUCUUUGCACAGGACUUAUUAAAGCCAGAAGAGAUAAACUUUUUGAUUAAAAAAAUUAACUGGUCCAAUCAAUUAAACAUUGUAGAAGGCCCUAUAAUAUGCUCGGAUGCUGGCCAAAGUAACUUUGCCUCUGUUUACUCCAGCUAGACAUGCUCAGAGACUUAGUUAACUCUCCAUUCAUUGAUACAAAAGACGUCAACCUCUAAUACGACAUCCAUGAUGUUUUAUACCUUAAGUGCUGAGGUUUCUUCAUUAAAUGAGUAAGGUAUUCUACCGUCCAGUAAGCUGGGUUUUUAUAAUGGCAAUAUAUUUGCUAAUAAAAUAGACAAAACUGCAGUAACUUCUUACAGAGUCUCAUUUCCAUUCUGUCAUAAAAGUAAAAAAUUUAGCUAUGGCUACAAGGACUUUAACAUCCUGACUUUUUUUUUUUGGGGGGGGGGAAUGGAGUUAGGGCUUAAGAUUGAACUAAGGGACCUCACACAUGCUAGGCAAGCAUUUUAUUA